AUGUCUUUAUCAAAACUUAAAUCAAAAUUAAUUGUUAAAGAAGACCCUGAAACAGUACAAUCACCAAAAAAUCAAUCUCAUCAACAAAAUGAUAAUUCACAAAAUACAGAAGAUAUAGAUGAAGUUGAUGACCAAGGACAAAGUGUUCUUAUGGGUAUUAUUUCUCAAUUAAGACCAGGUUGUGAUUUAUCAAGAAUUACAUUACCAACUUUUAUCCUUGAAAGAAAAUCAAUGUUGGAAAGAAUAACAAAUCAAUUACAACAACCUGAUUUAGUUAUUAAAGCUCAUCAAUCUAAAACUGAAUUAGAUCGUUUCCUUUUAAUUGUUAAAUGGUAUUUAUCAGGUUGGCAUAUUGCUCCAAAAGCUGUUAAAAAACCAUUAAACCCAGUAUUGGGUGAAUAUUUUACAUCUUGGUGGGAUUUAUCAAAUGGUGAUCAAGCUUUUUAUAUCUCUGAACAAACUUCUCAUCAUCCUCCAAAAUCUUCAUAUUUUUAUAUGAUUCCAAAUCAUAAUAUUAGAGUUGAUGGUGCUAUAAUCCCAAAAUCAAGAUUCUUGGGUAAUUCAACUGCUGCAAUGAUGGAUGGUAUUACUGUGUGUCAAUUUUUGGAUAUCUUGGAUUCCAAAGGUCAACCUGAAAAAUAUACUUUAACUCAACCAAAUAUGUAUGCAAGAGGUAUAUUAUUUGGUAAAAUGAGAAUUGAAUUAGGUGAUCAUAUGAUUAUAAAAUCUCCAACAACGGGGUAUUCAAUUGAUAUUGAAUUUAAAGUUAAAGGUUUCAUUUCUGGUUCAUAUGAUUCAAUUGAAGGGAUUGUUAAAGAUCCACAGGGGAAAUCAAUUUAUGAAAUUACAGGAAAAUGGAAUGAUGUUAUAUAUUUAAAAAAUUUGACCAACGGUGAAAAAACUGUUUUUUGGGAUACCAAAAAAUCAAACCCACAACCACCAAAAGUUCGUCCUUUAGAAGAACAAGGUGAAUUUGAAUCAAGAAAUUUAUGGAAAUCCGUGACAGAUGCCCUCGGUCAACGUAAUCAUGAAUUAGCCACCGAAGAAAAAUUUAAAAUUGAAGAUCAUCAAAGAGUCCUAAGACAGAAAAGAAUUGAAGAUGGUGUUGAAUUUCAUCCAAAAUUAUUUAUAAAAUCUAAAAAUCCUGAUGAUGAAUUAGAAUAUUAUUUAUAUAAAUCUAUACCAAAUGAUGCUGACCCGGAAACAAAAACAAAAUUAAUUUUAGAAACUGUACCAAUUUUACCUGGUCAAAAAUUUACUGAAUCUUUUGAAAUUCCAGGUUUUAAAAAAUUGAGUAUUAAUGAUGAUGUUGAAUAG